AUGUGUGGUCAUGGUCUGUUAGCUGCACCAGAGCUGGUUACCGACAGCGUCAGUCGGCUCUACUGCACCGUGUUUACAUCAGGUAAAAACCAACACACUGUGACUAUCCUGCAAAAAUACGUCAGUUUAAAAAGUGUGAAUAUUAACACUAAUGGCAGCAGAGAUAAUCAAUGUUGAGGUGACGAUCAGUGAGACUUUAAUAUCAGUUUAUAAAUCUAAAUUUGACCACCCAGUUUGUUAUCUGAGCAAAGUCCAAAAACCAGCAUCUGUGACAUCUGGGAAACGCUCCAUUUAUCCUGAACUAAAUAAACAAGAUAUUAUUGUGUGUGCCGCCAUCUGGACAACACUUUAUUUGGUGGGAAGACCCUACAUAUGUCUGCAAGACGAUGGCGAACCAAAGUCUGCAGGGAUUGUAACAGCAUGGCUCUGUAGUAGAAGAGUCCUGCUGAGAAACCGGCCUGUUUACAGCUCUGAAGUGUUGCCAAGCAUCAAAUAUUUAAACCAAGACAAAAGUAGCUGAAUUAAAAUCUCUAGAAACUGGUCUCUUCAUCCUAAACAUUUUCAGACUAUUAAAAGAAGAGGUCAUCCAACUUCUUCCCAUUACCAUUUAAACAUGAAGUCUAAACUCGUCUCACACCAUCAGAGUUUGUUUUAAUGCUUCUCAGUGUCCUGUCUUUUCUUAAAUUGGAGUUUUAUUUCAUGUAUCGUGUCUACUUUCAUUCACUAUCAGAGCUGAAGCAUCAAGGCAGAUUUCCUGCAAGCCCUCACUUUGAGAAAACCAGAUCGGAUGAAUCCCGCUCAUACCAUGACAGAUUUAGUUUGAGGGCAGAACUAAAAACUUCCAUUUGACGCUGAUUAUCCACUCCUAAAACUUAACAGCUGACACCAAAUUAGCGAAGAGUCCUGCAGCAUUUAACAGUGAAACGUCCACGGAUGCAGAGACAAUCCUCCCACUGAGUGUGAUUGACCAGGGGAACGUAACACCAGGCUGCACGUGUAAUUGAACAAGAUGGUUACGCUGAUGAACUGAGACUCACAGAGGCACGCCGUCCCUCUGUCAGCAGGUGCCCGGCACACACUGGCCUAUUCAUAUGCGCAUUCCUGUCUCUCCUCUCGCAGCCCAGCAGGUUCCUCCCGGCCACUCAGGACAGAGGCCGACGCACACAAAGGGUCUUCAAUCUGCCUCAGACAACAGGCAGCAUAAAGGCCCGGAAAGCCACAACAGCGUCCUGUCAAAGAGUGGGGAGGCUGAGGUGGGGGCGGCGGUGAGCAGAGCUUGGGGGGCCCUGUGCGGAGCAGGGCCGCUGCUGACGGAUGGAUGAGGGCUGGGCUCUGAGGUUUUUUUUGUGCAUAAAGGAGGAUAUUUGUACUUGCCUGGUAACAAUGGAACUCAAACAGUAAAAAGCUGGGGUCAUAAAACAGCACUUUGGGGCGAUGAAGAGCUGCUAGGGAAAUCAUCAUGCAAAACGAACCCUGGGGGCUGGGGAGGCCGAUAUUGUUCACUCUGAGGGUUGCAUGACUCUUUGUUUGUUCCCAUGCUGAUGUGCGGCUUAGCCUGCCUUCAGUUUGCUUUUGCAUAAAGUAUCCCCGGCUUUAACAGUGUCCGGCACAUUUCCUUACACUGAAAGGAAGUGAGGAGUGAUCAGAAACGCCUCACCUCCCCCUCAAAACAGACAGACCGACUGCAGGAUGAGCUUUUGUUGGCAGACAAAGGUCAACCGACUUUCGCAUCCCCCUGAGGUUCGACUCUUUCUUCACAUCGCAGUGUGUAAUUAUUAAUAAAUAUCAUAAACGGUAUGUCGUCAUUUUACAGCCUGUCAGUAUCUACAGACCUGUCUAUAUAUUUCUUGAGCAACCACGGCAUGCACAUACUGCAGGGACGAGUUAAUGAUUACUGAUCGAAGCUUUUUCAGGUUAGUCUCACCUGCUUUUAUUCUCUUGAAAGCAAACUUUACUCAGUUAGAAUGUAUUUCUGCAGCUCAGAGUUCCUCACAGGCUGAAAAUAGGAGAAAAAGUGACAUCUCGACCUGUUAAUCUCGAACAGUUAAAUCAAGAACAUGUCUGAAAUAAGAAGAAAUCAAAACUACAGAUACAACUGAAGGAAAAACCCAACGACCAUAAAACACGUCUCCCUUUUGCAGCUGUAAACAACCAAAUGCCAUCUUUUAUUGGUCUCCAGUUGCUUUUUUUAAUUACGUCUCAUCUGUUUUGCACACAUUUUACCACCCUCAGCUUUCACUGUUCGCACCGAGGGGGGAGAUUUCCAGAGUUCCAGAUAUAUGACUCAUCUCUUAUCAUAAGAGCGAAACAAUAAGCAUCCAAAUGAAUAAACAAUCACCAUAUGUUCGGAGUUCUGCCAAGGCUUUCGUGUCUUGUGCUGAUCUUAUUAUAAACGGCUUGCAGAGCAUCUCGAGGGAACCCUUUAUCAGAGACACAACCAGAAAAAGUGAGGCCUGUAAACUGUCUGCCUCCAGACUGCUGUCGCAUCAAAGAUCUUUAGUCGUGUUUUGAUGCUCUGAAAGCCUAAGAUGUGGCUCCACAUGCUCAUUUAUGUUCAACUCUCACUAUUAGUUAACCUUAUAAACAUGCCUGUUUUUUCUCUGGUAUGAACGUGGUUAUCAAACUCACACUCCAGCUGUUGAUCAGGAAGAAACUCUCUUUGAAGAAGUGAGUUGAUUUGGAGACAAAAAAGGAGAUCAAGUGGGAGUGUGUCCUCUGUCUCAGAAAACACGACUUCAAAUCAUUUUGAAAUGUUUAAAUCAGCAGCCAUUAGCCAGUUAGCUUAGCUUAAAGAUUAGCUAAAGAGGGAAAACCUGCUCUUUGGACAUCUCUGUUAAAGUCAAGAUCUUACAGAAAUUAAAGUCCCAUUCAGAUUAUUCUUUUACUACUUAAAGUGUUGAUCAUUUCUUCAUUAGACCGAGACGCUUAGGCAGAAGAACUACCGCGUCUGCAGUGCAAAAUGGUUAAUAUGAUGAUUAUUACUUCCUUGGGCUGUAGUCCGUAAUGGACUGGUCUGAGGUCUCGCUACAAACAAGCGGCUGCUGGAAGAGAGUAGGUGAGUUGUGUUUAGUCUCUUUGCUAAAGAAAUGAGUCAAAGUUAAAAAGAUGUUUGGUGGCUAGUAGCUACUAUGUCUGUGACCUUAUAUGUCCUGUUGAUGAAGUUAGGUGCUGUUCUGAGCAUUAUUUGUGGCAAUAGAGUGGCGUUUUGGUUGAGUGUGUAGCUCUCUGUAUUGCUAUUGUGCGGUCGUUACUAAAGUUGGUUUAACUAGAGAAGCAAGCGGUCGGCAACUUUCAUCUCUGGAGGGGGUGUCUAACUCAGUGUUGCAGUGUUUGACCCUAAAUAAAUUUUACACCGGAAUAUCCCUUUAAUAUCAUAAUUAGCUUUCUCACCAGAAUUUCAAUCCACUAACGCAGACGCUUGUUCCGCGAUCGUCCUCUCUACUUCUCCAAGUCUGGCCUGCAUCGCGGGUCUCCGGGGGCGGAGCUUGGAUUUGUGAUGUAAGAAAUCUCACUGUAUCUGAACCUGCCGUUUGUGUCUGCCAGAGAUUCACAGAGAUUUGAAUGUAGUAUUGCAAUUUUGCACUUCUUUUCUCAUGAUAUGUCCUCUAGUAUCAGAAAAAUGCCAUGUGAACAAGUAGACAACAAGAAAAACAUGAUUUUCAUCGGAAUGGCUCUUUAAAGUGUUCGCUUGAUGUUUUGGGACAGACUAUCCCUUGUCUGGGUGCGGUUACUUUCUGGAAUCUCUGAUAUUAUAGUCGUUUCAGCUUCAGAUGUAAAGAUGCUGCACUGAUGAGCCAAGUUUACUUUGUAUAUUUGGACUUUUUCUAGCAGACAGCUGAGGUACGUUCAAAAAGUCCACUGCCGGAGUUAAAAUACCUUCACCAGGUGUCCUUAAAGGAUGUUUCGGUAUUUCUGAGGGGAGAUUGUAUGAGUUGCAUGUCACCAGUGAGCGAAUUAGCCACAGUGGACGCCGGUCAGCUCUUCUCCUGUAAUGAGAAACUGCUGCAAGAAACAGGACACCAGUCUCCUGCAGGAAGAGCCAACUCUGACGCCUAGUUUGGCUGAUUUUGAGAGAGACUCUGACCCGAGCACUUAAUCUCCGUUUAAGUUGAUGCUGCACAGAGAAUUUUUUCAGCACAUUACUUUGAGAGAGAGAGAGAGACGAUUUGUUCUUGCACGAUUUGCAGACACAACACACUGAGGUUCUCAUCAAUAAGGGCAGAUCUGACCAGAAUCCAUUGUGGAUUCUCUUGGAUCGUGACUUUCAUAUGUUGUUUUGUUGAUAUCUUUCCUUUCACUUUCAGUCUAUGGCGUAAGAUUUGAACUGAAUGUGGAUCAAUAAGAGCAUCAUAAUAACCCUGUAUCUUAUCUGAAGUCUGAGGAGUUGUACAUCCUGUUACAACAUGCAGAUAUCCUCCUGUGUUUGCUGAUAAGAGCUCCGUUUGUGGUUUGUGUCACAGCCAGUAUGACAGUCAUAAGAUAAUGGUUUCGCAGCAGAGCAGCAGAGCGGUGUAACGACUAUUAAACACAAAGAGUUUUGCUCUUUAUAAGGAAAGGUAAGUAAUUAAUCCACCUCCCUUUGUGCACGUCCGGAUCACCACACAGGGGAGAUGAAAAGCAAACACAUGUUGAAAUCUUUUUUAGUCAUCUGUAUUUUAAUCUGUCCACCAGGCCGGUCCUCAUGUGUCUCUGCAGCUCCAGUCGUCAAUCACUCCUGACAUGAAAUCAAAGACCAUAUGAGUGCUUCGUAUACGAACUAUGUGUUUGAUCAGGCUGAGUUAACUGCUGUUUGUGCUGAGCUGACAGAAGCAUUUGAAAUUCUGAUGCUCUUUGAAAUGCUGCCAAACCAUAUGAUCUGAACGCCAGCGCAUACAGCUCCUCUAUAGGUAGGUCUGGACAGGAAGUUGAUGAAAGUGCUUAUUUUUAGUCAGAGACUUUGAUUUAUGUCCCUAAUGUUUAUUACUGCACAGGAAACAAACUUCCCUCCUCUUUUAAAACUUUGGUGAACUUUCUCCUGCACCUGUUCGCAGAGUUAGACUCAGUCUUUGUUCGUCUGUCUUUGACUAAAUAAUAAUAAAGUAAAGGGACUAAAGUAAAGGGAAGUUUUCACAAAGAGCUUAACUUCUCUGAAAAACACAUUCAUCUUAGUGUUGUUUUUGUGAAUGUGGGCCUUUUACAGUGCCCCUUCAAAAUAAAAGCAGUGCAUAAAAAAAAUAGCUAGUUUAUUUUGGUGCAGUUUGAAAAUGAUGUUGAUUUCUUUAAUUAUUCGGCAUCUCUUGGACAUUAUCCUGUGUUUUCUCAUUCUAAUGUAUCAGCAUUUUCUAUUACAUUGAUUUCGUGAACAUUGUAUCAGGUUGUUUUUUGUGCUGUUUAGGUUUCCAAUCCCACAAUGCAAAGAGCAUGGUGGUGGUGUUGGUGGGGAGUUUGGUGGAGGUCUGUUGAAGUGGUGCUGUGGAUAACAGGGGGAGCCAGGUCCCUACCAGCCCCGGAAAACCUGCGUCAAGUUUGAAACUAACAGCCCGGAUCAUGUCGGAAUUCCGGGUGUGUGACAUUCAAAAUAAAAGACACACCCACACAAAAGAAAGUUAUUUUACGAACUUGUUUGGUAUUCAUAACUAAGAUUUUAAAUCAAAUUUAAUUUAGAAAAUAGGAAAAAAUAAUAAUACCACCUCAUUGAACUCGAUGCUAACAGGUAUUGCAAAAAACAAGGUGUUAAAGUUGGGGAAGUUUGUCUGGAGAAGUGAUAAAUUUCACUGAUAACAAUUAAAUUUCUUUUUUAAUUAAAAUUUUCUCAUUAUUUUUUAACUUUGACCAAGACUCAUUCCACCCAAUCCCCCCUCCUUUUCUAUUGUUGUUAUUCUCAUUUCGUUAAGGUUUUAGUGUUGUUUUUUUCUCUUUUUAGAGACAUUAAUAAAACUUGAUCUCUUCAAUGGUCUACAGGACACAAAGAAGCAGGUAAUAAAAUUAUGAUCACAUUUUUUAACUUUUAACUCUUUAUUUUAUUUCAUUUAACUAAUUUGAUUUGAUUUAUUUUGGUUGAAUUUUUUUCUAUUUUACUUGAUUUUAUGAUCUACUCAAGUUUUUUUGAUAAGAUACUCCUUUAUUAGUCACACAAGGGGAAAUUCCCAUUUACAUGAUGUUAUUUUUUGUAUUAAAUUAGUUUUAUUUUUUUAUUUGAUUUAUUUUAAUUGUUAUUUAUUUGAGUCCCUUUAAUGUUUUUGUUUAUUAUAUUUUCAUAUAUUUAAUAUGAUUUUUAAUGACAAUGUAAUGUAUUAUCUACUCAAUUUGAUCUAAUUCACUUUUAAUAUAAUUUCGUUUUAUUUGUAUUUAUCUCAUUUUAUUUUUAUUUUUAUCUUUUUCAUCAUUUUAUUUUUUUAUUUUUGUCAUUCUAUUUUCUUUCAUUUUAUAUUAUUUUUGUUUAUCGUAGUUUAAAUUUUUUAAGUUUAGGUUAGUUUGUCUUCGUUUUAUUCCUGCUUUUAUUUUGAAUGCAGUGACCGGAAGUGAGUCCCUCCUCGUGUGUCGGUCUCUCCGUGAGUCUCGAGGAUGCGCACUCUCUCAGAUUUAAGGGGGGAGGUUUGGAGCAGCCUGAGCGGACAGACUCUCGGUGGUUUUUACGGCAUUUCUCCGCCAGGAACGGUCGGAACACUUUCCAGGAUUGUUCGAACUUCGCGUGUUUGAGUAAAUUUAACCGAGUAACGUCGUUUUUGUUCGUGGAUGUUUUCUCAGACAGAGUUGAAGAAGUUUGUGUUUCAGUUCUUGGACUUUUUUCUUCAUGGUUUGUGGAUAAAGAAGCUGAACUAACCUCCUCCUCCUCUUCGGCACGGACUGCUGCUCUCUCUGUGUUUCUCCUGUUCAGGUUAGCGAGGUGAAAGAAAAGACUCUAAACUGAUCUGUACUGUUUUAAAAAACAAAGAAAUCUCCGUGUGGCUGUUUUUUUCUCCCUCCUGGUUGAUAAUUUGUGUGGGUUUUUUUUUGGGACUCACAUUCUUUCCUUGUGUCGCCGAAGUUUGGCUGAAGUAUGCGCAAACUUGUGGGUCAAACGAGCUGAGUUGGAGUUUGUGAGUUUUGGUUACACGUUUUAUCUGGAUAUUUGGGAUUUUUGGGAUUUUUUCCUCUUCAUCUAAUCUCAGCUCGGGACUCUUCCUCCUCCUCUGAAGCACACUGGCUGUUUCUCAGCCCCCCAACACUGAGGUGAGUGUGAGUCCUGCUUUACUCACUUUAAAACCUCUUUAUUAAACUCUCACACUCACCACAUUUUCUCCUGAAAGCACAAAUUAAAGUUCUGUAAAUGUGUGUUUAAUGCAACAGUUUGUUCUUGCAGUUAUUUUGCUGUUUGUCUCCUGCCCUCAGUCUCCUCCAUGCUUGUAAAUGAAAGAGUGCACAUUAACCUUAAAGCACAGGGCCCAGAUCUCGCCUGCAGCUCUGUGAGGGAAAAAAACACUCCUCUGGUUUUUCUAUCUGAAGUCCCAGCAGGCGCCUCUUAUCAGAUUAGAUCAUUUACUUUAAAAAAAGGACCAUCCUCAUCAAGGCUGAAGCCUAGAAAGCAAAUGUUCACACUGCAAAUGAAGUUUGGUUUCCUGCACCUAUUUUUGUUUUAGUGUUAUCAUGUGAUUCCUCUUUGCAGACAUGAUCUUUAAAAUGAUCCUGUUUUAACUUUAAGAUUUUCAUUCCUGCAGCGACAGACUCAAAGUCAUGCUCCUUCCACAACAUUUCCUCCUUUCUUUCACAUCACGGCCUAAAUUACACAUUCAGAAACGCUCUGAGGUUGAACCACAUCUUAAAAUUCUCAGAGGACGGCCAUUAUAAGUACAUCUGUCAUGAGGUCUGGGUCUGGAGGGGCCAGCCUGAUGUUAUGUAAAGCUCUAAAUGUUAUGAUAUGAAGGAAGAGGGAGAAGAUGGAUGGUUGAGGAAGGCAGUGUUUCCACAGGGAGUUCACCAAGAGGGAAAAAAAAGUUUUCCUGAAACAUAUAAUGGGAAGUGAGGAACAGAGCUGCCUGUAAUUUACUCAGCUGCUGCUCUGUGGUGUUGGAAAAUGGAGUAUUUACUGUAGUAAAUCUAUUAGGAAAUGUGCCGUGUAAUUAAAAAGUUCCUUCUUAGAUCUAAUUUUGAGAGUUUCAUGUUUUUCUUUCAGAUUUUUAGCCUCAAAUUCACCUAAAAGUGUAAAAAAUGUCUGAGGAGCUUGAUUUUUAAUUCUCACCUCCUUUCUGCAAAAACACCCCCUCCCCACAAAGUCACAUUAGAUUGGAAGUGUCAACCAAAUGGCGGAGUGUGAGGUGGCUCCACAGUAUUUGUCUUGACACCUGAGCUCCCUCCGUAGCACGCUGGUACCAGCCCAGGUUUCAGACUGUGAGGCUGCAGAGAGAAGAAAAAAAAACCCAAAGUGUGUGUUUUUGUGAAAACAGUAGCCUUAGGGGAACGGUCUGAUGCUCUUGUGUCCGCUGAACUGCAGCCGUGUGCAGGCCGGCCUGUUGCUGCUGCCUGGCUGGGAGUGCAGAGCUGGACGGGGAGGGGGCUGCAGAAUUUGGGAGCUGAGGAAUUUUAUGCAUGGAUGGCAGUGAACAGUAAUUAUGGUGCGGGCCAUGUUAUGGGUUAGGCCUGUAACCUUUGUCUUUGUAUAAUGAGAGAAGCUAAAUGUGUCUUGUGUGCUCUAAUCUGUUUAGUUUAACCCCGUUUAUCUGCCAGAUUUUCAGUCAAGUGUCACCGCGUCUUAAGAAGUUAGAAAAGUUUCAGAGUUUGGAGGAAAGUCAGAGUCCUUUUAAAACAUCCAUUUUCUCUUUUUUUUAUCAUGUUUGACCACAAACUGCUCCUUUCUGUCUGCAAAUAACACACACCUCAGUCUGUUCUCCUUUUCUCACAUUUACUCUUUCAAAUUUCUUUUAAUGGAAGAAAAACUGAACUUUUUUUCUUCCUAUCGAGAAUCUUUGCUUGGAAAAAUGUAAACAGCUGUUUAUCACUUUAUCUGACACUCACCUCCCCACCACAGUUUAAGGCAUUCCUGCUAACUUUCUAAAAAGAGUCGGUGUUCUUGCUUUUGUGGGUCAUGAAAAUACACUGACACUUGAUUCAGCCUGUUUGAUAUAGUUUUAAACCCCACACAAACACAUCACAGUGGAGUUUAUUUUUUGAGGCAGUUAUCAAACUUUGACAAUCUCCUACUGAAACAUAAAACACCCGUGAUACAGAUCUGUCACAUUUAAGACCAAAUACUGACUGAGGUUCAUGGGACUUUGUUUUAAAAGUCUGAAAACAAACAGUACGUUGAUUCACAGGCUGUUAGAAAUCUUUUUAUUGCAUAAGUCCAAUGAAACUGAACUUUAAAGAUACAUAAAGACACUUAGGUUCAAUAGUUUAGGCUGUCUAACAUACUUAGAAAACGCAGCUGGAGAUUAAUUUUCUCUUGCACGUAUACGUCUCAGUACAGACUUUAAAUGUGCAUGCUCCAAACGGUGUAAAUGUUUAAGGAAGUCAGGUAGUAAUCAAAUAGACAAAGGAAAUAUAGUUUUGUCUUUUAUGAACAGUGUUUCGCUGUAGUUUGUUUAUAAAAUAAUUCAUCUAUAAAGGCCAGAAAGGUUAAAAAUUGUACCUGACAAACAAGCUUUUAUAGACGAAGCAUUUUAUGAAUUUAUCAUCAGCAGGUCAAAUGACCCUCAUAGUACGUAAAGUUUGUUUUCACCAUUGGACACACAACCACUUUGCCUCUUUCUAACUUGUUUGUCGAUUGUUUUGGUUCGUGAUGAAAUGGGAGACGAGCCUAUCGUUGUGUCUCACUCACACCUUGCAUAGCGGUGGUGGACAUACUCCAGUCAAUCGAUCAUUCUUUUACUGCUUGUGUACUCGGAUGAGGACAGUAGUCGGGUUAAACCAUGUAGCUAUAACCCUGACUCGGUGUAACUGAGCAUGUAAAUAUAUCGAGUGUAAGCUACUUGGGCCCGUGUCCACUUGCUACAUUUUUUGGCACUGGCAGCAACUUUUUCUUACAAAGUUAAUGCAGUUUAACAUUUUUAGUGCACAGUAUCAGUUGUUUUUUUGUCCCUCGGCUAACAGUUUGGAGGUUAUGAGGUAGAAGUGCAGUAAGAUGCAGUGAGUGGACACAGGCCCUAACUCUGUUCUGGCUGUGCUGCAGUUCUAACACUGGUUUACUUCAUUCUCCAUGUUUUUCCUUUACCUGCUCUUAUUUAUUUCCUCGUGAUGUUUCCAUCAGAUGUGAUAAAUAAAUAAAGGGGAUUGGAUUGGAUUGGAUUGGAUUACUGAUAUGCAAAUUUACUAAUCCAGCUCUAACCUUAAAUAAAAAAACAAAUUGACUAUAAAAGAGUCAUAAGCCCGGUCUUUAUAUUGAUAAUUUUACAUUCCUAUCAGCCUCCUCUCAGACUCACAGGUUCAACAUGAGUGCUUACAGUGUGAGGAUAGUAACACACUGUCUUUAACUCCUGCUCCCACGGGGGUUCAUGACCAAGUGUUGUGUCACACUCCGAAGAGGUUACUUCCUCCUCUUUCGAUUAUUGACGUUUGCCGCUCUGACGAGGGUCGAGGGAACGUGGUCUUCCGCUCGCUCUUCGGCUCCUUCUGUCUGGCAGCAGAAGCACUUUCUUGGAUUCCUCCCAAACACUGACUCACUGCUUACAGAGCGGCGAUGACCAAGCUUCUUUAUCCCCCCCGGACCCCCCUGGCCCGGCUCAGCUGCUGGAACACUGGACCAUUCUUGGAAAGUGAAAUUGAAUUGGUUUUUUAGGAGAACACAAUGGUUGUUUCUGUGACCGACACUCACACAAGUCAUUACGUCUUAAAGGAAACCGCAGCUGCAUCUGAACAUGACGUGGUGUGAAAAUGUAAACCAUGCUGAGGUUCCUCUGACCCAGAUGUGACACUGUUGUUGUUGAUGUUGGUUUCCAGAGACAUCAUUGACCUGAAGGAGAAAAAAAAACUCCAGAGCGGCUUUUCUUGGAGCCCUUUGGACAAAUCGUGGGAGCAAAUGGCUGCAGGGGAGGGGGGUCAUUUUAGGCUCCAAAAACCAACUGUUAGGUGAUAGAUCUCUCAGCGUGGAAAUGAUGGCCCGGCGGUCUCUCUCUCUACAAGGGUGUCACAUAACCAGCUGUAGUUUUUGGGUCUUAAACAAAUUCCUCAAGGGGGGGUUAUGGGGGUUUGGGCCAAGUGUUAAUCUCUGCAGCCAGAUGCUGCAGAGGUGAUGAUGCGGGCAGAUGUGCAUAAGAGGGUCACACACUCAGAGGCUGCCGCACCACUUCUGGACUCUCAGAGUAGAAAAAGUCACUUUAAAAAGAGGUUUUCUUCAAGUCCUGAGAGUCUUUUAUGAGCUCGGACUUCAAUCGGUACUUUGAAGUCGCCAAAAAUAACGUUUAAUUCCUCAGAAGUGAGCAGGAUGUCUCAGUGUUUGUUUGCUCAGGCUAUCGGAGCGUUUUUAGAGCGGUGCAGUUUCUUAUCGGUGUUUUCGUACAAGACGGCCUGAGAGAUGAAGUUCCCACCUUGAACUUCAGUGAGGGACAGAAUAUUCUCUUCUUUUUUUUAAAGAGCAAGGAAUUCCUCAGAUUGGCGCGCUUGCAGAGAGUUUACCCCUCUUGGUUUCUGCUUUUUGAAGGUUUAAUUGUACCUUAAAUAGAUUUUCUUUGUUUUCCACUCAGAUGUUUUAAAGUCAUGCACUCAUUUGCUUCUCUCCUCUUCCUGGUUUCCAGUGCAGCUCUGUGAAUGCCCCGCUGCUGAUGCCCCACCGGUCUGAAUGGAGUUCAAGUCGCAGAAAAGCCAGCGGUUGUAGCUCCGUCAGCAGGAUGCUGAUGAGGCCAAGUUUACUUCUGUUACUUCUGACUGUAUUUGCACAAGUUUUAAGGACCCAGUGCCGGCCUGCCAGUAAUGAUGAAGGUAAGACGGCUCCAUAACUUCAAGCUCCUUAUGCUUUAUUAAUAAGCUGCUUUUUGCUGCUUCGAUAUCAAGUAGCUGUUUGAACGUCUAAACUUAUUAAGUCUGACUUAUCUCCACUCCCGCCUUGAUAAUCAAAGCUUUGUUCCUGGUGCAGGAAUGUUCCCCUAACUCAGACCAGGCUUUGGUGGAGUCUGUCCUUUGUAGCGUCACCGUUUCCUCCACCACCCCUUUUUUCGCUCUGAUGUUUGAGUUCACUUUACUGUGUCAGAUUUCCGCUAAACUUUCACUCUACGUUACAUUUUUAGAGGUUUUUCAGACCAGCUGGUCCGACCUCUCUCCUAGUUUCUCCUCUUACACUGAGGAGCACAGCUUUAAGUUUUCCCGUGGAGAACUCGGUCCGCCCUGGCUGUUGCACAAGUCCAGUUCUGAAAAGGGGGAAAGAGGCUCUGAAAUCAAAUCCCUAAAAAUGUGUGUCUUGGAAAGCAUCCAGCAGCGUAAUAGCUGCCUGGACUUGUGGGUAGAUGGGUUUGGAUGUUUACACUCUACAGUCGGAAGUGGAGAGCAGAGAAGAAUAUGAUGAAGCACAGCAUUAUAAUUAGAGUAAUUAAGCAAGAGGGUCUCUCUCGGCCUGUAAGCCCUAAAAUAAACUUGUUGCGGCUGUGUUUGAGCCGACGGUGGAGCAGGGAGGAGUAAAUGACUCCCAUGUGUAGCCUGAAGGCAGCCCCACUGCCUCACAGUCCCUGCUCCUCUCCUCCUUUGUAAUGAAAAGGUAUUUGUUGUCACUGAGAGGGGAGUUAACUGCCAGGGAAACUAUAAAUUAGCCCGUUUUUUUUUUUUUUAAAAAAAAGGAAAGAAGAUGCUACUCGAAGCCCUCCCUUAUCCCGGAGGAUUGGGUUUCUGAAGGGAAUGUUUGUCUUCGAAGGUGAGCCAUAAAUUUUCCCCCCGGGGUGGGGGAAGUCUGAUGCAGUUACACUCCACCCUGUUCUUAAUCACCAAAUGGCCAGGUACUAUCUAUGCGCCUCUGUGCUCUCUCCCCCCACCCACUUCUGCUUGGGAAUGCUUCACUUUCCCCCCGCUCCCCUGCUGGGUGACGGAUGGCUUCAGCUGUCCACAAACAAUCACAGCAGAAGCAUUUGGUUGCAUUCCUUUUGUCUCGGUUAGGGAAACAAAAUGCUCGUAUGGAAAUGCUCGUGUUUUAUUCGAGCUCCUUUUGUUUGUCUUCAGGGUUUUUUUUGUUGUGCGACGUUCACAUGAGAAAAGAAUAUUCACCUCAGGGGUCAGCCACAUGGAGACCUAUCAGAGAAACUUUGGUUUAUUACUCUGUGACGUCUCGGUGUUAAUGAAUCCGUUAGUCGGCUCUGAUGGUAAAACAUCAGGAAGUUAUUUUUUCGGCGGCGCUCCCUGAGGGUUCGCUUGAAUCGAUGCUCUGCUGUCUGUCAAAGCAGACGAGCCUCUGACCCCUGAGUGGAGCUGCCACAGAAACGGGACCGAGAAAGACUCUUUUCAGGAGGCCCCGAGGAGCCGGGCUCUGCCGGAGAAUAACAAGUGACUGAAUGUGAGGAUACAACCGCCAGAAUGAAUCGACUCUGGAGCUGUUUUAUUGUUCAGAAUGAAAGUUUGUGAAAGAGACUGGUGCUCCUUUUAAUAAAACUUCAUUUCAUGACUCUGAAGCCGAAGUUGGAGAUGAUCCAGUCAUCAGAGUUUAAUACAAAGAUGAAUUUUCUAACAGACCUGCAGAUGAUCUUGGUGCUGAUCCCUGAUUUUGAGAUAUUAAACAUAUUCGGUGUUUACGUUCAGAUAUCCUGUCUGGGGGAUCCUGAGGACACACACUGGAUUAGAACAAGCAUUAACUCACACAGGCAUCAGAAUCAAGAGGACAAACAUCAAGUUUAUCUUUUUAUGUCGUAUUAUUUCCAUUAAUUAAAAAUCUGCAAACUCAGAUUUAUUUUCUAGGGUCAAACCUACAGUUUAUUGCUUUUAAAAGUUGGUUUAUUAUGUUGUGAAAUGAUAAUUAAGAUUCGUAUCUUCUUGGGGAAUUCUGACCUUUUAGUUUAUUUUCCUCAGUGAUGUGUGUGAAACCUCAGAACAUUCAGAAAAUUCAGUUUUUACCGACUGUGGAGAAAAUGAUCACAGAUGAGUAAAUGACACAGUUAACUGUAAAAUCCUCACAUGUGGAUGAACGUUACAAACCAGCUCAGGAAGGGAAAAGAUGUAACAUAAAACCCGGUCUAGUUGGUGUAAAAAUGGUCGUUUAAUUGCAAAGUAAAUAAGGAAGUGCUGUUCCAACACAAGUUUGAGGAGGAAAAAACAGAGGAAUAUGGAAUUCUGCUCAAAGAAACAAACAAAUACAACAAAAGGCGACUUUAAACCAGAGUGAAGAAACCAAAGUUACUUUAGCAGUUUUAAAUCAUCGAAUGGUGAGCAGAACCCUAAUCCUUUAUAAGACGGUAAAAUAAAUAUACAGAGUCGCCUCCACAGAAGUUAAGACACACAGAUCUCUCUGACAAACAAUGAACUUUAGUCGGGCUGAAACGAGUCCUCGAAUACCUCUAUUUCUAAAAGUGAUCAGGGAAUUUCCUCUGCCUCGAGUUCUUGUUGAUAAAAUCAAAUCGUCACUGUUUCGCACGGAUUAUUUUCAAGGUGACGCGACACGUUUACAUCACCACGGUAGCGCAGUUUUGGUUUUGCGGAGCGUAAAAAAAUGAGAAGGGCUUUUCUUCAGCAGACCUCCGGAAGCUCAUUAGCAAUUCGCCUCUGAGUCGUGGGCGGAGUCAGCGCUGCUCUGCACCCUCCUCUUCUUGCUAGCUUGUAGCCUAACAUUGCCGGUGUCGUAGAAGAAGCAGGUAACAUGGGAGCUGUUCAACUCCCGGACGCAUAUUUUUUUUUAGGAUGGUAAGGGGAAGGUCCCGCCCUCCUUCACCUCUGAUUGGCUAGAAGUGCUGGGCUCCGACAUCGUCUGUCAGGUUAGGGUUAGUUAGGAGAUUCAGAAUUGUGAUAAUGUUCUUCAAUGUUCUGUUGGAUGUACAGAGCCGACAGCCCGUGUUUAACUUGAGCGCUAGAUGACGUUUCCAGCUUUUCUAGCCAAUCAGAGAUAAAGGAGGCGGAACUUUCCCCUACCGUCCUACAAAAAAAUAUCACCUCCUGGACACCUAAUGUCUUUGGGGAAGUGAUGAAAGUUCAUAUCAUAAUGAGCUUUCUUAUAAGCAUUGCAAUCUGCUAACGCGUUCGCUUGAUGUGUUAUUUUAUCCAAUUAUUCGAUUAGUUAAUCGAAUAUUCGGUAGAAUUCUUGAAUGCUAAAAUGUUUGACAGCUGCAGCCCUGAACUUCAGUGAGUUUAGAUCCGAUAAAGAGAGAGAUAAAAGUAUAAAGAGUGGAGAAAUCCAGAAAAACACAUUUUCCCUUAAUGACCAUGAACGUGUUAAACUUCCUCUUUAAGAAUAAGCAGAACUUUAAAACCAUUUUAAUUAAGAAAGUCGAAGUUCGCUGCCAAAUUAUAUUGGCUCCUGAAAAUUCUCCAUCAGGGAGAUCUGGUGGUAAUAAAGCGGAAUGAAUGAAUCCUCCUGUUUUCCCUGUUUGUCCAUUAGAGCCGUAAAUGUAGCUGAACUCAUUUGAAUGACACUGGAACAACUUUGCCGUGCGGAGUAAUCCUCGUAGCUCCCGAGUGUUAAUCCACGCUGAUUGUCAGCGGCUCAUUUAGGAUUGAAAAGCUCCUCCACUGGAGGGCUUUCAGGGGGGGACACUCACUCUCUGGAUGUUUUGGGCUUGCUAAUAGGCAUUGUCCCAUUCUUCCUGCUGGUCCUGUCUUUUGUGUCCCAUCAAUCCCCCCUCUAUACGUCACCCACCCCUCGCUCUGCUGUGCUUAAAGGGAACUGACUACUACAACAGUUUUUCCCCAGCCAGCCGGACUUCUCUGCAGUCAAGCAUCUCUGCAGCGACAGCAGGAAAUCCCACAAGUCAUUCACAUGGCGUAUUGCUUCCUAUCUCGUAGCCGGAGAAGGUUCCUCAGACUGGCGCCAACUUUUCCUUUCUGCUGGUCCUGGAUUUACAGACUAGUGAGCUUUCUCCCCCGUGUGUUUCCUCUCCCUUUCAUGAUUUCUGUAAUUAGGCUGAUUUUGAGCUACGUCAAUCACUUUUUUCCAAGUGGAUGGAAGAACACACGAGAGCUCGUUCCAGAUGGGCUGCUUUCUGAAAAUAUGCCCCUUAAUCCAUUUUAAUCCAAUCACAGCAGCAGGAGGAUUCAUUAAGAUGAAACGCCGAGGAAAUACCUCAGAUGUAGCGCAGAAAGUAAGAGUUUGUUAGCGUGUGAUCUGACACAGUGGUGGGUUUGAUGGGUCUGCGCCGUGUUUAUCAGACUCGGUUUGAAGGAGGUCGUCACAGAAGCACAAAUGGUUCUGACAAUAAAGCUACGAGCAAAUUUAACAGCUUUUAUGGGCGUUUUAUGAUGUCUGCAGCCAGAUUAACAGCUGGGAUGUUGACACAGUCUUAUCAGUGGCAUCUCCAUUUAGAGGGCAGGGACAGAAACACACACUCUGCCCCCCACCGACCCGGCACACACGGGUUUGAGGCCGUGUGCAGGUUUGAUAUCUGCAGCCCAUCUCUGCGUGCCUCCUCUGCUUUCCCCGCUUUGGUUUUGUUUUUGAGGAGAAAGUUGAUCCUACCCCCUGGCCCCUUUUCCUGCUGGGAUUAAGGGCCUGUCAGACAUAUGUGAUCCAGGAAAUACCUUUACUAGGCCCAAGUGGGGUCACCAUAGCAACUGGCACUAGAACCUGCCGCUGCAGGCCCCGGCCGGCUCUCGCUCCCCUGCACAUGCUCAGUGCUCCCUCUUCCCCUUUAUUGUUCGAGGCCUUUGUUGUGAUGGAGGGAGGGAUUAGUCAGGUCUGCUGAUGCCGUCCUGAGGUUAUGCUGUACUUCCUGUUGUGAGGAAGUGCGUGUACAAACACAGCGUGCUUUGAGCUCGCCUCAGAGUAAUCACGUCUGGAGGGAUCGCUUACAGCAGGAAUUCGGGGAUCUAGUUUAGAUUGUGUUGUCAUAGCGAUGACGGUGCAGGUGAUCGGAUUAAAGUUGGUGGAAACUUUAGAGGUGUUAUUGGAAGGCAAUAAGACCCUCAAAAAUGAGGAUGUGAAAGACGUCCGUGUUGCUUAAGGGGGAACAUCACCUGGUAGUUUCUCUGAGUCAAAGACUAACGAAUCCCACCCUGAUAUAACAGAAAGUUUCUGUGGUUCUGGUGUACUCUGGAACCAGAACCCGCUUUGUGUUCCUGUGUUUCUGUCUCCCCUCUCGUCGUGCAUGUGUGAUCCCAAAGCAAGAAUGUCAAGUAAGUUGUCUGGUGACGAUCUCUACCUUUUGUAACUAGACAAACAACACCAUUGUGAUGGACAACAUGUCAGCAUAAUCGGGUUACCCCCUCCCCCCUGUCGACUCUGUAGUCAUUUAGAACAGGAGGGCUCAGGUGUCUGCCUCCGCGACACCUCCCCUUUCUUCAAUCCUCUAAUUGAAUUUCACCUUCCUCUCCAAAGUAGCUCCCUGCCUGCCUGACGAUGGGGCCUGACUCAUUUGGGAUAUGAUUUAAUUUGUGGGAGAGGUAAGACGGGCUGUUUGCAGGGAGCAGAUCGAGGAGGGACUUUUCUGCUGUUUCUGUGGUCGUCUGAAGAGCAGAGACGGCCUCGUUUUGUGUCGACUCUAAACAUUUCAGACUCCGCUCCCCCGUCAGUCACUACUUUUACGAUUUCAGAGACACUGUGCAGUUUUGUUUCACAAUAAAGUUGUUAAUCUUCCUGUGAGUUGCUUGUUAUGUGGAUCAGAUCCUUUAAUCAAACCAAAGAUGUUAUUUUUCGUCGGUUAACAGAGGCCUUAUUGUGCUUAUGAUUACAUAAAUAACCGAGCCGUUCAAAUUCAACCACGUCCUGUUAUUUUUCUUGGCAGUCUCGGUGGAAACGCAGGCAGAGCUGUUCACACUCUACCCCGGGGAUCGUCUGGAUCUGAGCUGCACUGCCAAGGACUCUGCGGUCAACUGGACCAAAGACCAUGCGCCGGUGGUGGACGGGGAGCACACACGCAUCCGCAGCGGCAGCGGGCAGCUGGAGAUCGAGUCUGUGGAGCUGAGCGACUCGGGUCUGUACUCCUGCACCUCCGGAAACCACACCGUCUUCUUCAACGUCACAGGUAGAGGCUCGGAGGCGGAGCAGGUUUCCUUCUGCAGACUUUAGUUUGUGUUUUUAGUGUUUCCAGUCAAAGUCAGAGUUUGUGAGAACAUAUACUCACUGUAUAUGUUGAGUGGAUUUGUUUAACUUGAAGAGUAUUUGUCCUCACUUUAACUUCCUGUUUCCUCAGUUGAUAUCUUAGCCUCCAGUGAGGAUGACGAUGAAGACGAAGAGUCGUCAUCUGAAGAAGCCAAACUGCUGGGCAGUCAGAAGCUGCUGCGUAAGUCUGCUGAUCUCCUCACGUUACCAAUGCUACUGCAACAAAUGGUCAUUACGCGCUCGCCCGGUGUCACAGGGUUAUGAGUAAUCGUCACGCUCAGUGAUUUGAGAGCUUUAUGAUUCAAUUAGGGCGCCGCCGUGUGUGUGCGGGUCACGUUUGGGUGAAUGAUUUCACUCUGAAUCAGAGGGUUUUUCACUACCUCAGUGACAGCUUCUUCGUGAGGAAUGUCCCUGCGGUGACUCGCCGUGGUUAACCUUCGAUGUUUUCCAAUUUGUCUAUCGAGCAAUUAAGACACUUGGGCUUCAUCAUCCAGCUGCUGCUGCCCACUCUGACUCUGACCACAAACAUGCAGCACACUUCAGACUCGUCCACUCCAACAGCCCUGACUUCACUUUCCCUUACAUUUACACAAAACUGCUUCACUGAGGCGACGUUAGAGUCACACAACCUUCGAAGGGUUCGAUUUUAACUGGAAGAAACAGGACUGGACAAGUCUGGGAAACAUUUAUAGAAACAUUUAAUUUUUUGUCUGCUCCAUAUUUUCUACGGGAGAGGAUUACAGCCAUUGGAGAAAGAAAAAUCAGAUAAAAAAUUUUAAUAUUAUUAUUUAGAAAAAAAAAGUCAGAAUUCUGAGAUUAAAGUCAGAAUUUUGAACAUAGUGAGAAUUAUGAGAAAAUUAUCGGAAUUCUGAGAAAGAAGUCAGAAUUAUACGAAAAAAAGUGACUAUUCUGAGAAAAAGGUCAGAAUUCUGAGAUUUAAAUCAUUUUUCUGAUGUGAGUUCAGAGUCAGAAUUGUGGUCUUAAUCUUAGAAUUCUGACUUUCUUCCUCAGAAUUUUGACUUUUUUCUCAGAAUUAUAAUUUAAUAAAUUCUAUUGGACAUUUUUUGUUUUUUCCCCAGUGGCCCUCUUCCUCUUCCAUAAUGUUCCUUUCAUUGAUAUGUUGAAAACAGUAUGGUUUCUUCUCCUGCUAACUCUUUCCUGUUGUUUCCUCAGCGGAGGCCCCGAAAUGGGCUCAUCCAGAGAAAAUGGAGAAAAAGCUUCACGCUGUUCCAGCCAGUAAGACCGUGAAGUUUCGAUGUCAGGCCAGCGGAAACCCCACCCCCACUCUGAAAUGGUACAAGAACGGCAAAGAGUUCAAGAGAGACCAUCGCAUCGGAGGCUUCAAGGUAAAACACGUGAAAAAUAUCGAGCUCCCUCCGCCUCUUCCUCUCUCGGUGACAGGACACCCUCUUUAGCAUUUCUUAUCGAAUCACCACAAACUUAUUCACUCCGAGUGGAGAUGUGCCAGUGAUCUCAUCCCCACAUUAGCUCACCGGCCCCCUCCCCUGGAGUGAGAACUGCUUCCUGCAGGUGAAGAAGCAGAGACGAGUUUCAUGUUUGAGCGGAGAAACAAUGAAAGAUGAAACCUAAAGCCACAAAAAGGAACUCUGAGCCAUAAAAAUGUGAGAAAAACCUCCAGGUGGGCAACCCUAGCUGUCCGUCCAGACGGAGAUAACACCGGCUGUCCUCAUUCUGGGUUUCGACGCCUCAUCUUUUCUGAAAUGAUAUAUUUAUACACGACUCUGAUACCCUCCGUAUCUGAUAUACGAUGUGUGGGGAGCGAUAACUCUUUGUAAUCCUCUUCCUGUUUCCAGGCGGGUCGUGUUCAAACGUCGCCAUAACUGCUGAUAAACCGUGAGGUUGUAAUAUUUGAUAAGACGCUUUAUUGCACUCCCUGGAUUUACUUUGGCAGAGGUGUGGACCGGAUCUAUUAUAAACCAGUUUCGAUCAUCAUCAUUUACUGUAAAUUACAUCAUGACCCGUUUAAAAGAUCAACAUGAUUAAUCAACAAAUUAACGUAAGAGCGAGGAAGUUAUGAAAGACGGUCUCACUAACAAUUACAUCUGUGGCGCCGUCAAAUCUGUGUUUUAUUUAAUCGUAAAAACAUGCCGUCAAUUUGAUUUCAACUUUUGGAUAAGAAGGAAAACUUUUAAUGUUCUCAGCUGAGACUGAGCUGAUGAGACACGGAUGACACCGACAGUGUGUAAGCCCUGUAGAGGCGCCAUCAUUCACACGUUAGUCUAAUGACGCUGAUUAAACGAAGAGAGGUCACUUGUUCUCAUCUUACUGACUCAUGAGAUUUACACAUAACAAGAGCUUUCAGUGUGAGCUGCAGCUGCAAACAUACAGAUUUCAGGAGCGUUUCCACGAUAGACGCUGCCCUGUUAGCCUCAGGUUAUUGAUAAUCUGUUUACAUGACCUGAUUAUGAGGAGGCUUCACAGUGGAGUAAUAUUGAAGGAAGAAGUGCAAACAGCCCUGACGAAUAUCAUUACAAAUUGGAGAGUCUGUUGGUUUAAUGCAAAUAUUGUCACAGUUAUAGAGUUUUUAUUGUUUUGUGCAGAGGGCGCUGAAUAUUAAAAACAAUAGUACGCUCUCUUCAAGGGUCUGUUGGUGCUCUGUUUGACCAAAAGAUCCAUCAGUUCAUGAAGCAAACAGGAACAAACAGUGACAGCAGUCUCCUGUAAACAGUUCUUCUGCAGGUUCCUCUUCAGAGCAUCCAUCUGGACAUCAGCAGACAUCGUCUUUCACACGAACAAACCAGAUGCUCCCCUCAGAAAACAAACUUCUCCUCUCUUAUAGCAGUUUCUUUUCUGCUGCACUGGAUUGACUUGAAUACAAAAUAAUGCUGUGAUUUCUUAGUCUCUUUAUUAGCAUCCACAUUAGCACCUGUUUAGGCAUUAGUUAUUCCUUUGCAUUGGCUCUCCUCAGUGAAUUAAAGAGAUCGAAUCAGGUCUGAGGUAUCUGAGCAGGACUGGAGCGAUAUUUGGGAAUGUCGGGCCAGAACUACAAACACGAGAUCUCUCUGGGAAUUCUGCUGGAAAAGUACAGAGAGAUAUUUUCUGUCCUGAAAACUGAAUUUCACUCAGCAGGGUUUGGUGGGACAGGAUGACCGCUGGAGGAAUCAAUGUCAGAUCACUGUCAGAUAUUUUGGAACUGCCCUUUAAUCCAUUCAUGCUCGCAGAAGAAAUAAGAAGUAUUUUUGUAGUACGCCUUAAUGUAAAACUAUGAAUAUGAAUAACUGGUGUAUAAGGGUUUCUGUCUCAGCAGUAGCUCCUUAAAAAUCAGCUAAAAUCUAAGAAGUCUGAAGGAGGUGGGCUAGCAUGAAACUGCGAUUAAAGCUCCUCAUAUUCUCUCAUACUAGCUUGUUGUGUUGGGUCUGUGGAGACUCAGGAUUUCCAGUGGUCGGUUACAGAUGGUUGGAUGUCUUAUAAGUCAUGUUGGAGGAAGUUCUCCAAAACAAGAGUCUGAAAAAACAAGAACUUGGACGGGAAGUGGAAAUCAAAAUCUGGAGGUUUUUAUGGGUAUGAUGCUGAAAAAAGACGUACCCAGAAGUAAAAAAUGUUAGUAGGUACGUGAUAACUUCUCAUGUUGUUCUGUUUGAGCUCUCCUCAUGUGUGCAGCCGUCAGUGGCGGUCGUCUCUCAGGUGUGCGGUGUGUCUGCACAUUUAGAGGCUUCCCUCCUCUUCCCCCGCAUCUGCUCUUCCCAUCAAGGUGUAACUCAGUCCAGCCUCAUCUCGUGCUUCCCCGGCCCAUCUUUCUCUCCAGCUGGGACACAUUUAGGAGUUUCCUCUCAGCUGCCUGCUCCCCUCUGCACCCCCCCCAGAACCACUACCAAAGCCCCCCACCCAGGCAGGCAGCACACUCCGCCAUCUGGCUGCUGUUUUUUUUUAAGCCAAGGUGCAGAGGUCUGCAUCAGCGGCUGUGGACGUCUCUCAUCCCUCCCACACUUUUGCUUUUAUGGCCCAGCUUCUAUUGUUCAUAAGGUCUGCAUGGAGACGGGCAGGAGGGAGGGAAUAAUGUAGACCACAUGUAUAUGAAGCCAAGCACAACACAUCUGGCAGCAGGCAGCUGGACUCCUUCAUCACGUUUUGAGCUAAAUGAGGGAAACCGUACGGCUCGGUCUCUGUAUAUGCAUGUUUGAUGUUCGCAUUGCCUUAGAGGUCUGCUGGUUAAUCACACACUGCCGGUCCUGGCAGAUUUAUGGAAGAAAAACUAUAACAUGUCUCUGAAAAAAGAGCCAGACAUCAGUCGCUGCUAAUAAGACAAGUUGGGACAGAUUUAUAUAAAGCAUGUACGCAUUUUUUCCGCCGGCCUUUGUGUGGCGGGACAAAGAUCCGCUGUCUCGAACGCGGGGUGGUGUCACAGGAAGAGGGUGCAGCCAGUUAUCUUGUUAUCAACACAUCAUUGACCUUGUUAGGCUUGGCUUUAAAAUUGAGCAAAAUUUGAUUUACUGCAAUUUACUGUGGAAGAAAGCAGAUGGAGAGAAAUGAGUGUUUUUUGAAGCAGAGCUGCAGCCUUUGACGCCUCUGUGGCUCCUCACUGGACUGUUUGAUGUUAACAGGGUUGUGUUGACGACGUUUUAGGCUCUGACUGAACUUUAGAGACAGGAAUUCAUGAGAGGAUGUAGAUCGGUAAUCGAGUGUCACAAACUAGUGGUUUGUUAGCAUGUGGUGCUACUUUUUACAUAUAUAUAUAUUUAUACACACAAAAACACAAGCUACGUGUAAAAAGAUGCAAAAAGAGGCUCUACCUCCGGGUUUCACAUCUGUGCCUAAAUCUGUGUUUUUGUACCUUCACCUUCAGGUCCGUGACCACGUGUGGACCAUCAUCAUGGAGUCCGUAGUCCCCUCUGACAAGGGGAACUAUACCUGUGUGGUGGAAAACCAGUACGGCAGCAUCAACCACACAUACCAGCUGGAUGUAGUCGGUGAGUUUUGACCGUGAACAUGUUUGUAUGAAUGAAUUCCUCGUUGAAGUUCAUGAGGUGGAGUCUAAUGAAUGGAGCUCUUGAAUCCAUUAAAAACAGAGCCGUGAUUACUCCUCCUGGACCUGCUCUGUCACACUUACGCACCAUCAGCCCUCCCUCCGCUUCUGUCCCCGUCGUCCCCCGGGUGUAGCUCGGCCUCAGCAGAGGUCCAGACCCUGAUGAGCAGUGAGUAGCUUCACUGAGGGGAGAGUUUUUUCUUUUGCUAAACCCUCAGAGACCUCUCAGUCAGAAAACCCCGGACAGCUGACUUUCUGCCAGCUCUCUAGACCCGAAGUUUCCUCUGGGGGGUUAUCAGUCUUCUAAAUGGAUCCACGAGGACGUUUCACUUCGCAGCUCCAGCCUCCACACUUCACUUUCUUACCCCUGUGUUGUUGCCAACUUUUAUUGAUUGCACAGGCCGUGUUUAUCUGGUGAAAUCGCUGCUGAACUCUGAAAUUACCGUCUGUAACUUGAAAAUGACGACGCAUCAUCAGAUCGGAUUAUACAGGCGACCUUGUUUACCGUCCGCCCGGCCUUUUCCAGUAACAAAGCCAUUGACGUGAAGGUUUUAUUUGGCUGCUGUUUGACGACCAGUCAGCCGUGUGUACUUUUUAAAACCAUUGCACAUGUUUAUCUUUGUCACCACAUGUUUGCACUCCAAACUUCCACCAUAACAUUCGUGUGUUUUGGCGUGUUGCAGAGCGAUCCCCCCACAGGCCCAUCCUGCAGGCCGGUCUGCCGGCUAAUCGUACCGCCUUGGUGGGAAGUGACGUGGAGUUUGAGUGCAAAGUGUUCAGCGACCCCCAGCCUCAUAUUCAGUGGUUGAAGCACAUCGAGGUCAACGGGAGCAGAGUCGGUCCUGAUGGGCUGCCGUUCGUCCGUGUUCUGAAGGUAGGAGGAGCUCACGUUGACCAGAACCUGUCAGAACAGUCUCUGUUGUAUUUCUGAAGAUUGAAAAUUUGAAAUUUGCAACAAAUUGUUCGAGUUUUUGUCAAAACUACCCAGUGUACAGGGGCGGAUCCAGGAUUUUUUUUUUAUCAGGGUGGCCGAACUUCUGCAGGGAGGGCAUGCUAAAUGUGUUCACACUAGGGAUUCCACAACUCUCAGUACCUGCUUAUGAACUGCAGUAAUUUUGGUUUAAUAUUUAUUAUAUUUCUCCCUGAAUCGAUUUGUUUGUGCAUACCUAUGUCCGAUCAUUACACACGAGAGUUUGGGGGAAGCUGAGAAAGAGAGUGUGCAUGUGAUGAUGAUGAUGAAGCCAUGUUUAAGAGGAAUCAGUUAAUUCUGAAGUCAAAGUAGUUUGAGGGUUUUGUCAAAGCUGCCUGUCUUUAAUUUGGUUAGAUUGCAAUGCUGGCCUGAUUAGCAAUGCUGUACAUAUUAAAUUUAGAUCAUAUAACAGUGGUUCUCAACUGGUGGGUCCUGACCCAGAAGUGGGUCGUAGACACAUUCUGGAUGGGUCACAAACAGCUGGUCAAAAUAAUAAAUAUUUAAUGUGAUGUUUAUUAGAUAUUCGAUAUUUUCGGUAUAUGCAACUUAAGUAGUUGUUUUCCUUAUGUUGUCCCCUUCAUGUGCACUUUACUCAAUAAAACAAGUGGAUUUAUGUUAAAGAUUAGAGUCUUAAAAGUUUUUUUUAAUAUAUAUAAAAAAUUAAUUUGCUUGAUUUGAAUUCUUUGAAAGUGGGUCGCUACUUAAGGACCAUGGCCAAAUGUGGGUCCCAGAAUGAGACCAGUUGAGAACCACUGUCACAUAACAUAUCAGAAAUAUGUAUGAAUGGAAAAGUUUAACUCAAAGUAAAAUAAAGGACGAGUUCUAGACUCAUCAAAAGUUUUCCUCCCACAAAAUGGCCAAAAUUUUCAAGAAUGAAAUCCUAAAUAAUCCCUCUGACUGUCAAGGAUGUGAGAAUUUAACCAAAACUGAAAUCUGUGACCUAAAACUGAAUUAGCAUUAUUUUUGACAGACCGUAUUUAAAUCUUCCGAAUUUUUAUUUGCUAAGCAUUCAAGAAGAUAAAUAUCCGAGAUAGAAAUAUAAACUGCUACUUUGAAACGUAAAGAAAGCUACUAGCAGCUAAAACACCAAUAAGCAAUUUUUUUAAUCAUUAACACGACGAAAAAUCAAUCGAGUUCAUUAUAAUUUUUAAUGACUGGGUGGGUUUAAUCAUUACAGUGAAUAUAAUAUUAAUGUGAUUAAAAAAUAUGUGUUAUUGAUCUAAGGCUGUGGGCCCUGUGCCACCUCAGGCCACCCCUGGAUCUGCCCCUGCCAGUUUACUAUAGUUUGGUAAAAGAAGUUUAUUUUCCUCCUCUGACUCUGAAAUCGUCCUACAUGAUGUGAAAUCUGAUGUUUUCUUCUCUCUCUAGUUUGAUCCUGUGUCGACUGUCUUUUUAUUCUGUGAUGCACAUGCCGUGUUUUUGUUUCCAGCAUUCUGGGGUCAAUAGCUCGGACGCUCAGGUGCUGACCCUCUACAAUGUGACUGAGGAGGAGAGCGGAGAGUAUAUAUGUAAAGUGUCCAAUUAUAUAGGAGAGGCCAAUCAGUCUGCCUGGCUGAUUGUCACCAGAUAUGAGCCCACAGGUAACCACAACUCAGCCACACAGGGACGACACAGCGGAGACGCUUCGAGCACCUCCUGGAAAAUCUAGGGCCGUAUAACUCGAGACAACCUCAGCUGUUUCUCUCCUCCCUCCCUCCCUCCCUCCCUCCGUUUUCUCCGUCCCUCUCUCCUGCCUCAGUGCUCCAGACUGUAAAUGACGCUAUGGAAAAUUCCCAGCAGAACAGUUGAAAGUGUUUAGUUUCAGGUUUAUGUUAGCCCCGCUCUCAUUCCUGCUCCAUGCCUGUGCUGUGCCCUCCUAAUAAGGGCCUCACUUGCCAUCUUCUUCCAUUACUUUCGCUCCCUUGCCCUUCAAAGUCCUCUUCACACGCCUCACAGGCUCUCUCUCUCUCCCUCUCGCUCUCUCCCCCCUUUUUUAAAAAUAUUUUCACCAGCUGUCCUCCUUCGCUCACCUUCCUGAUCCCUCCUGUUGUUCCUCUGAUGCUCAUAAUCAUUUAUGGAAGUGUGAUCGUGUGUGAGUGUGAGUGGGACCUGUUCUGCUGUGGAGUUUUCCAUGUUGCCCAUCUCUUGCAUGUAGAGAUGAGACUGAGGUAUUUGAUGUGGUGAUGGGUUUGGACCAGUUUGUGGUCCGGCAGUGCAGACUCAACCUAACCAGCUCCUCCACUAACAGAUACUGGGGGGCCUGAGUCCUCUGCAGGGGGCUCUUGGUGGUGUUGGAUGGCGGAGGAGUACGCUCCUCCAUCCCCUUUUUUCUCCUCUCAGAAUCCUUUACUCAUGGUUCCUUCUCCCUUCUUGGGCCUCUUGUCGGGUCUGCUUCCUUUGUUAUUUUCUAGAGCGCUGGCGUUAACACCACGGACAAGGAAAUGGAAGUCCUCCAACUGAGAAAUGUGUCUUUUGAUGACGCUGGGGAGUAUACCUGCUUGGCGGGCAAUUCUAUCGGGUUCUCUCAUCACACUGCAUGGUUGACCGUUUUUGAAGGUAUCAGUGGUUCUGUCUGUCUCCUUGGUUUCCAUUAUUUUUCUCCUACUAACUCCAGCCUGGCGUUCCGUAUCCACAUUUUCCAGAAAAGAGUCAUGUUUGACUCUAUUUCUGUCAAAAAAUGUGAGAGGAAGCCGGGGCAAGUCACAAAGUACUAAAACUCCUCAAUCUCUCUGUCUUUCUUAUCCUCAGCAUGGCUCUGCUCCAUCUAAACUCUUUAGAUGGAAGAGUUCGGGCCAUGCUCUGGUGUCACGUCUCUAAAAUGGAAUCAGAAAAUGCCAAACAACCAAAUACAAUAAAAGUCUCAAAGUUUAUGUUCAUGGUCUCAGGGGAGAUAGGGGGAUGCAGAUUAAUGCAGAGUUAGAAAAACACCAGAAUACAUGGCGAGUGCACCAGGAGAACCCAAGCUGGUACCAAGCCCAGUGUCUUAUGUGACAAAACUGUAAAUCUGGUCAUUAGGGGGCGACACUUUAGAUGGUAUAUCUGCUGUUGGGUCACAAACAAAAUAGGUAAACGACCUUCUAUUAGGGAUCAGCAAACGCUGCUUUGUACCGCCCGCUGAGGUGAAGUGGUUAGCACAAACAAAUCAGCCUCAGCUAAAGCCGACAUGUUGUUUAAUUUGAAGAGCAGUUGACCUGUCAGCCUCCAACUAUCAACAUCUUGACUUUGCAACAGUUAAAACAUGAACCGUGUGAGAGGAAGCAAGUAGAUUUGUAUCCAUGCCCAUGUAAAUUACUCAGUACGUUUACAUGACGCUCGAAAACUGAAUUAUCACCUCACUCCGAUUAAAGAUCGGACAACUGAAGUGAAUGUAAACACCUUAAUCUGACUAUAAUUGGAGUCGGAGAACUACGAUUAAGACACCAAGAUAAUGGGAUUGGAAUUCGAUUUUCUCUACUAUGUAACCAGCGUAGUCAGAGUAUGAUCGGACAGUGCAUGUGCACCAUGCCCCCGUAACCCUGGAACUAAAACACCAGAGAAGAAGUGGCACUAUCAUUUUAAGAACUUUCGACUCAGAAGCAACUGCAACUUGGCUGAAGCAUGAAAGAAUGUCCACUUUUGGAAGAAUGAGGAGAACAUCGUUAUGCUUUCCGACCUGACAGAAAUGAACAUUUUAAAGUUUAUGGACGGUUUCAAAACAAGGAACGGAGACAUCUUUAAAAAAGGCCCAAAAAUGGCGCCGCUGAUUCUAGACCCAUAUCGCCCCCUAGUUUUUGGGAGGAGGACACGUUCACGUCAAUAAUUCGAUUUUCUCAGCUGUAUGUAUACGAGGACAAGGAGAAGUGUCCAAUUCGGCAAAAAAAAAAAAAGAUUUUGAGCUUUGUCCAAUCAAAUGUGCAUGUAAAUGUACUGAGUGUCCUGUCGUUACAUCAUCAGAGGAGGCCAAUCAGAUCCUCAUCCUCAUUAAGUGGGCUGCAGGAGCAUAAGUGUAGUUUCUUCACUACCACAUUUACAGGGCUGCUAUAUGGAGGAGGACUUACCUGUAUAACGUGGAUAGACAUGGAGAAUUUUCUUAAAAACAUAAAAUUAUUAAUGACACAGACAUCAACAACCGUACAGGACAGCUCAUAAUGAACACAAAACAAACACAUGAUAACCAAUGAAGGGAACCAGCAGCAGGGAGCCAGAGUUUAGACUGAGCUAUCAGAGCAUGUUAAGUAGCUUAAACAUGCGUAGGACCCUGGAUAGGAUGCUUCUGAAUCUGUCGUGAAAACCUCAUAUUUUAACCAAGAGGGGAAAAAUAAUCACACUGAUCGGUUUAAACCCGGUAAAAGUUCUGGUUCUCAUAGGCGGGUUGUUUGGCAGCUCUGAUCAGAUCUCACUUUGAACUCUCUCCACCAUCCUGCUCUUUAACCGGUGUUUGUAUUUGAUUUGGUGUAAAGCUGAUUUUCUUUGACAAGCACCGCAAAUGACAUGUAUCCCUGAUGUCAUUUCCUGCUGUGAGCGCAGCGGCUGGCUCUGAUAAUUGGCUCUCUGUGGUGGAUGUGUCUCAUUCCUGAGGGCCGGAAUGGGCAUUUGUCCAAUUAUCAAGCAGCUUGUCAGUCAGCCUCUUCACACAAGUGCAGCUCCUCACUUGUGCUGCUGGUGUUGGUUAGGGGUGUAACGGUACACUGCAGUCGGUACGGCACCCUUGGUUUGGGAUGCAUUGUUCUGUGUUUUGACUUGACUGCAUAAACUGUUUGUGUUGGUGAUUUGCCGACCACAAAAUGCAGCGAAAGUAUUGAGAAGGCUGUGGCGAGGUUAAAUAUGAGCGCCAGGGAAGGGAGACUUGCACAAACAGUCACAAAUAUUUGUUUACAAGUUAAGCUGCUGCCUUGAAGAAACAAAAUUGUGAAAUAGAAACAAAAACCGUUGUUUUGGCGCACCAGAGGAGCUUUGCAGGUGUAUUUUUAGCACUGCAUGACAGACAUCGUCUAAAAUAUGAAAGACUGAAGAUUAGACGUGAUAAAAUAACUUUAUCCGAAGGAGUUUGACUGUAAAAGUUUAACUCCUGCAGACAGCCACAUCCCAAGCCAAGGUUUGCACCGAAGAAUGCUUUUUAUAAAUAAGGUUUCCAUUACAUCCCUCAAACUGGUAUGAAUAAACAUUUGGUCUUUUCACUACAAGGGAGGAAAAAAACAAGAUCUGAUUCGGACUUUUUCACGAGUUCUCUUUUUUUUCCAACACAGCACAUUUGAAAAAUAUUUGCUCACCAGCACCAACACACAUCGAUCUUUUAAAGUUUAUAACAAACACAGUAAAAUUUGGACCGUGUAUGUUUGGAGUCCAGCAGUUAUGUGACUAUAUUCAGCUGAAGCUUUUGUUGUUUGCUGCUUUUAGACCUCUAAGUAGAUUAAAAAUUGUUUGAAGAGUGGAUUUGAAGAGUUUGCAGUGUUGUUACCCUGUAUGAAAACCAGAUCCUUAGAGCAUUAUUUGACUCCAUUAACUAUGUGUUCAUAGUUUGUUUUGAUCAUGGAGGUUGGCCCUCACUCUUUCUGUCUUUAAAGACACUUUCAACGUAUUAAAAAUUAAGAUUUAAAGGAAGAGGACGUGAAUACUGGGCUGUGAACCGAGCGUUAAACGAGUGUGUGAAAGGCUCUGGUUUUCAGACAGGGCAGCCGUGUGUUUGUGUGAUUUUAUGAGUUUAUUGUGUAUUAUUCGAGUUUCUGCGUGUGUGCGUGGUGCAUGCUUUGGUUGGUGUGAUGAGCGUGAUUGAUUGGGUGUCAGACCAUCUGUGAUUUCGCUGACGACACUUGACCCCGCCCCUCCCUCCUCCCUGUAUUUAGCCGAACCGCACGGUCCUCCGGCCAACCACACCUACCUUGAGGCGGUCAUCUACUGCGUGGGCUUCUUUUUCAUCGCCAUCAUGAUCGCCAUCGUCAUCAUCGUCAAGAUUCGCACCUCCUCCAAGAAGAGCGACUUCAACAGCCAGCUGGCCGUUCACAAGCUGGCCAAAAGCAUCCCUCUGCGCAGACAGGUAACAGAAAGUAGAUAGGGGGUUUGGAAUAUUUACACCUUUCCUUUUCUUCUUCUCUCUCUCUCUGCAUGUCAAACAUUUUGCACAUUUUCAGGCUCAGUCUUUAUGCUAACAGAAACUUCAAGCAUGCAUUUAAAGAUUUCAGCCUCAUUUUAACCCGGAGCUUUGGGGCGUCAGGUAAGUAUAAAUCCAGGAGUGUUUGAACUCUCAGAGCGACUGCACUUUUUAUUCUCUGAUCACUUCUUUUCUUUGGGAGAUCUCUCUGCUGGCGUCUGCUGCACUAUGAGGGGAGUAAUGUCAGUGUUUCUUACCUCAGGUGUCCGUGGACUCGAGCUCCUCCAUACACUCUGGAGUCAUGCUGGUUCGUCCCUCCCGCCUCUCCUCCAGCGGGUCCCCGAUGCUCUCCGGGGUGUCUGAGUAUGAACUUCCUCAAGAUCCGCGCUGGGAGCUUCCUCGAGACAGGUACGCCCUGGAUACCAGUCAGACAACAUCCAAAGGAAAGCUCUUUUUUUGAUGAGAUAGAAAAUAGGGUGUAAAUGUUAUUGUGGUUUCCACGUGUCAUAAAACGUAGGCGAGAUGAAGAAGAUGCAGCAGCUGCAAGCGAGCUAGUUGUAGCAGCUUCAGGGUCCCUACGCAAGUAUGGAAAAGUAUGGAAGUAAUUCGAUCAAUUUCCAGGUCCUAAAAAGUAUAGUGAAUGAGAAAUAAAAUAUUAAUGUUGACAGACUAUAUCACCACAGUUAUAAAAUACUGUUUUCUAAAAUAGAAAAGUAGGUAUUUCCAAAAAAAUAAUUUUAAAAAGUAAGAUAUGGAAGAGUAGGAACCCUGGGAGAUGAUUUGCCACUUUUAAAAACCAAAGUUCAAAGAUUUAUUGUGAAGUGAACAUCUAAUAAAACUUAAUAAAAGCUUGAAUUGUAUAAAUUUAAAGUUAGACUCCAUCAGAAACAUCAAACAGUUUCUUUGUCUCAUGUUUCCUGUCCUUCCUUCAGACUCGUCCUCGGGAAGCCGCUGGGUGAAGGCUGCUUCGGUCAGGUGGUGAUGGGAGAGGCGCUGGGUCUGGACAAAGAGAAGCCGAACCGUGUGACCAAAGUGGCCGUGAAAAUGCUGAAAUGUGAGUUUCUUUUAUUGUUUCAAGUCUCAGGAGUUUUCGACUGGGACUUAGAUCUACUUGAGCGAGUCGAGGAUUUGCAGGGAGGAAAGUUCUUCAGAGUUUGGUAAUAGAUUUUACAGGAGCCUGAAGUCCAGACUCCAGGGACGAGGAAAGUUGUAACACCACAGCCGUAAUGAAGACAUACUCGGAGACAUCUGCCAUUGGAUCCCAGCCACUGUGCAAAUGGGAGAGCAGAGUAAAAAUUUAUGAGAACCCUUGACAUCCCAUAUAAAAGCGUGUUCAUUAAAGUGCACGGCGGAGUGAGGAUGGAGGGAAAGUAGCAUUUAUUGUCUCAUACUUUAAGUGCCUUUCCCCGGGGAGCGUUCUCCGAGACAAACGCCAGACAAACUCAGCAAGACGUGCAAAGUUGCUCUUUGAGGUCAUUACUGUGAGGCCUGUUUGGAGCUGGAUAACAACAGAAGCUCCAUUAAUUACCCUAAUAUCAUCCUUUUUUUCUUUUCUUUCCAGCUGACGCCACAGAGAAAGACCUGUCAGACCUGAUUUCAGAGAUGGAGAUGAUGAAGAUCAUCGGGAAGCACAAGAACAUCAUUAAUCUGCUGGGAGCCUGCACACAGGACGGUAAGAGCAGACAGACAGACAGACAGACACACGGGGGUCUUCUGCUGACCGUCCACGGCCUCUCUGGACCAACGUAAACACUGUUGUCCCUCAGAUAAACUGUGAACCGCUCUCUGAGAGGAGUGUAGAGGCGCAUGAUUAAACGUUUCUGACACCGGCUUCCGAGCUCUCAGUUUGAAUCGACCACAGCUGCUGCCAUUUCUGUCCAAUCAUCCCUGACGAAAAACCAAAGAAACUAACCCCUCAUGACCCGCUGUGCACAUCACUCUGCCGCCUCCUCCCUGAAACACAAAGCUCUUUUGUUCUCUCCACUUAUUUACCAACUCAGUCUUAUCUCUCCUGAACCAGAGAUUUCAUAAAACCACAAAAAUAUCAAGUAUUUUCUUUUUUUCUGUCUUUUUUCUCUCCCUUUAUUUCCCACUUUUUUAUCAGCUCUAAUGAUUUCUUUUCUCACAUGUGUCCACAGGUCCUCUGUAUGUCAUCGUCGAGUACGCAUCCAAGGGGAACCUGCGGGAGUACCUGCGAGCGCGACGCCCACCAGGCAUGGAGUACUGCUACAACCCGGACCAGGUUCCUGUGGAGAACAUGUCCAUCAAAGACCUGGUGUCCUGUGCUUACCAAGUGGCCCGAGGCAUGGAGUAUUUAUCCUCCAAAAAGGUAAACUCAGAGAGCAAACAGUCAUUUCCAGCUGUGAUGUUUCCUGUAUGAAAAAUGUCAACAACAAGAAUCAAUAUUUACUCGAUGAUUUCUCCUGCAGUGCAUCCACAGAGAUCUCGCAGCCCGUAACGUUCUGGUAACGGAGGACAACGUGAUGAAAAUAGCCGACUUUGGCCUUGCGAGAGAUAUCCAUCACAUCGAUUACUAUAAGAAGACCACCAAUGUGAGUAUUUUCAUCAGUCUGUGAUUAUUGAGUCACAGAUCCAUAUAAGAGCUUUUCUCCAGCAUCAGUUAAUGUGCUGUAAACCUGCUGCAGACGUCGCCGUUGCAAAUUCACAGGAAGUGGUGCCUCUGUCCUGGCCAGCUGAUAUUACUGCUGAAGUUAGCAACGAAGCUCUUGGUGAAAAUUGACAAAUCUUUAUGUGACCAGGUCUGCAUAGUGAAGGUUGAGCUCUUUGAGAACACUUCAAAUCCCUGAGCUCAAGAAUAUGUCGGUAAUCUAGGUUUGAAGAAGUGAAACCAUGACUGGUAAAGGUGUGCAUCACUCAGUUGGCGCCAAUUCAAUCACCGAUUUAAGAUAGACCUGCAACCCUGCUCUGUCAGUGGGAGAGUUUUCUCCACAGCUAAGGUGAUUUGUGAUACCUCAGCAGAUUAAUCUGACUCCAGACCGUGCAACUUAUUGUUUUCCUGCAACAGAAUCUAGAAAAUGCAACUUAUAGACAGAAAUCCCAACCAGCGAGUCAAAGUUCUUGUGCUUUCAUUAAAAUAAAUCAUAAAAAUAUGUCCUUAAUUAGGUUUAAUCACCAUUAUUCUUGUUUGUCUCUCCAUCAGGGUCGUUUACCAGUCAAGUGGAUGGCUCCUGAAGCUCUCUUUGACCGGAUAUACACGCACCAAAGCGAUGUGUGAGUACCACACGUCCUUACUUCUAUAAUCCAGUCUCCAUAAAGAGCAUGUAGUCGUGCAGAUCACUUAGACACCUCUCUCUGUCUCUGUCUCUGCUCUCAGCUGGUCGUUCGGGGUGCUGCUUUGGGAGAUCUUCACCCUGGGAGGUUCCCCGUAUCCUGGUGUGCCUGUGGAGGAGCUGUUCAAGCUGCUGAAGGAAGGACAUCGUAUGGACAAGCCCUCGACGUGCACUCAUGAGCUGUAAGGAAACACCGAACACCUGAAAUCAAAUGUGUUUUCAUGUCCCACAGACACACAAAGGUGCGAUCUGGAAACUUCAUGAUCAAAACAACCCCGAUACAUCAUCUGGGUUUGUUGUGAUCACCGUUUCAAAGUCAUCAGCGUUUCAUUGGAUUAACACCGCUGCAAACUUGAUCCAGAGUGACUCAAACUGUUUGUCCCACUUUGAUGCCGAUAUUCUGGCUCAUUAACUGAAUAAAAGUGAAGUCUGUGGUUUCUGUUUAAAUAUUCCCCGGUGAGAAUCAGAACCAGAUGUUUCCUUCUGCAACAGCGCAGCCAUUAGAGCGAAGUGUGUGCUGAGGCUGAAACCAUUCGAGUGUUCAAAUGACAUUAACAGAAGAAAAUAUUAAAGGAACCAACUUCAAAGUAAAAGUCCUAUAAAUUUAAAAGUCUGAGACGAUCUGCAGGGCUCUUAUUGAUUCUCAGUGUGCCUCAUGUUUGGCUGGAACAGUUGGGAGUGAUAUUCACAUCAAUGAUGUUGUUGUAUUUCAGAAAUAUGUGUGCUAAGCAACAUGUGAUUAUGGUUUCAGCCGAUGAUUGUGUGGCAGCCAUUAACAGGGAAACUCAGAUGUUGAGGGAGGUCUAAUUUUUAAAAAUGCAUUAAGUGAUGCUAUAAAUUUUAGGGUUUAUAUUUAAGAGCCUAUAAUACUUUUCCCAAACUGUUUCUGAUUUGAUCUGCUGUCGCUGUAGUGACUGAGGGAAUCUGGGCAGACAUUUACUGCAACGUGAAGAAGGCGCAAAAUUGACUUUUCCACCGCCUCCCUAAAACCGUCUCAAAGAUAUUUUUAUGCUUAAGUUUGUUAACAGACUGGGUUGAAAACUAAAUGCAUGAAAGGUAAUACACUUAUCUAUUCUCAUUGCGCAUCCUGCUCAUACACCAUCUACCAACACUGACCAGGCUGCCUGCAGAGUAGGGCCGGGCGAUAUGUCCUCAAAUCAAUAUCACGAUAUAUUGAUCAGUUCACCUUGAUAAAUGGACGAUAACUACUCCACAAGCUGCUCACCCCCUCCCACAUUACCUUUGUCUACUUCAGCCGCUACAACUUUUGAACCGUCCUCCAUCUCCUCACCUGUCUUUCCCUCUUUGUUACGGACUGGAUGGGGUGGAGUCACGUCCAGAUCAGCCUGGUUAAUCAAUCUGUCUGAUUUUUAAAGGCAUAUUUUAUCCGUGUUUCCUGCAGGUACAUGAUGAUGAGGGACUGCUGGCACGCUGUCCCCUCUCAAAGACCAACAUUCAAACAGCUGGUGGAGGACUUGGAUCGCUCCCUGGCCAUGACAUCCAACCAGGUCAGUCCUCAUCUUGUCACACACGUAGAAGCACUGACUGUAUGAAAAAUUAUGUCCACUGUCAUCUCUUCAGGGAACAUCAAUCCUGCCUCUCCUGCACAUGUUGACAAAUAUAAACACACUAAGCAAGUUUUCAAGCCAGGCAGUAGAUGAGUUACUGCAGAAUCAGGCUGGGUUUUCACUCACUGACAGAGUUUGGCUGUUAGUGCAGAGACGUUUAAUUUUACAUCCAAAAAUCCAGACAACACAAACAUGACAGAGAGGUGAAGUUCAGUGACUCACUGGGCCGUGAUGAUGACCAAGACUCAGGCUCGGGUCCAACUUAUGACUGGACUUGUACUCGAUCAUUGAUGACUCAGAUUUGGAUGCAGACUUGAACGAUGAAGUUGUUUCUGCUGAUGCAAAAAAAAGGAUUUAAGAGCUUUUCAUUAAUCAGGUCUGCAACAAUAAAACUCCACCAGUCUUAGGUUUGUGUACUUUGGUAGUAAUCCUUCAAUGACAUAAUCGUGAGUCUGAGUAAGUCUGGAUUUCAUUUCGCAGUCACAUGACGACUUCACUCCCAUUAGAUUUAUAAUUUGAUUUAUUUUUAGUUUGAUUAACUACAUACACUCAUUCGAAUACCAUCUUGUUCAGUCAUACUUACUCUUGCCGAGAUACCAAAGAGGUGAUUCGAGUAAUGUGGACCGGACUUUGACUCAGGCUCAGAAAAUGGUGACUCAGUCUAGAUUCUUUAGUUGUAACUCAAACUGAAACUCUCUGGACUUGGACUGGAGGUUUGGUGACUAAACAAGAAUGCCACAGCCACCUGUCAGUCAAACCAUGUCAUAAAACUUUAAUGUUCUACAUCAUUUGAAAUGAAUAAUUAGCUUUUUUUUAACAUGAGGUUUCUUCCUCUCCAUUUGUCGCCUCCAGGAGUAUUUGGAGCUCUCCGUGCCUCUGGACCAAUACUCGCCCAGCUACCCCGACACCCGCAGCUCCACCUGCUCUUCUGGCGAGGACUCGGUCUUUUCCCAUGACGCCGGAGCCGAGGAGCCGUGCCUGCCAAAGUUUCCUCCUCACUCCAACGGGGCGGCCAUUAAGAAACGCUGA